AUGCAUGCUUCUGUGAAACCGAGCCCGGCUCAGGCCCCUCCCUCCGUAAAAGCUCUGAUAAGACCCAGCCUCUGGUCUGAACAUUCCCCACACCCUCAGACCAGCUUCAGCAGACAUGUUGAUGGAUGCCCGGCCCCCUGUUUGUUUCCCUAUCGCUCUGCUGCUUCCUGGUCCUUCAGGGUUGGGCAGGUGGAGGGAGAGGGGGGAGACGGGGGGACGGGGGAGUCAUCCAUGGGGGCCUCUGUUAUUCAAACAACCCAGCAGCUCCCCAGGGUCAGGAACAUCUCCUCAUCGGGCUGCGGCCUCGUCAACACUGCCGUCGUCUCGUCAGCUCUGAUGUGCCACGAGGACCGGGUCACCGCAGACCCACAUGACCGGGUCACCACAGACCCACAUGACCAGGUAACCGCAGACCCACAUGACCGGGUCACCGCAGACCCAGAUGACCGGGUCACCGCAGACCCAGAUGACUGGGUCACCGCAGACCCAGAUGACCGGGUCACCGCAGACCCAGAUGACCGGGUCACCGCAGACCCAGAUGACCGGGUCACCGCAGACCCAGAUGACCGGGUCACCGCAGACCCAGAUGACCGGGUCACCGCAGACCCAGAUGACCGGGUCACCGCAGACCCAGAUGACCGGGUCACCGCAGACCCAGAUGACCGGGUCACCGCAGACCCAGAUGACCGGGUCACCGCAGACCCACAUGACCGGGUCAUCCCAGACCCAGAUGACCGGGUCACCGCAGACCCACAUGACCAGGUAACCGCAGACCCACAUGUCCGGGUCACCGCAGACCCAGAUGUCCGGGUCACCGCAGACCCAGAUGACCGGGUCACCGCAGACCCAGAUGACCAGGUCACCGCAGACCCACAUGACCGGGUCACCCAGACCCACAUGACCGGGUCACCGCAGACCCAGAUGACCGGGUCACCGCAGACCCACAUGACCGGGUCACCGCAGACCCAGAUGACCGGGUCACGGCAGACCCAGAUGACCAGGUCACCCAGACCCACAUGA